AGACAGGACAGGUCGCUGAGUGCGGUCUGCGUGUCAUCCUACUGAACAGAUGCCAGAGGCUGAGGGUCUCGGGUUGUAUUAUCGCUGUGAAAUCUGUCUAGCGGAGGCUACGUGAGAACUGUGUGACCAUAUCUGCCUUCAAUUGCCAAUCCCCCUCGUAGUAUAAUUCACUACACCUUUGCAGAAAGAUUCUCUGAACCUCCCCAUCAAGUUUCACUAAAAACUGCCCAUCAAUAAUGGCUAACCUUCCGCACGAUCGAGAACCCCGAAGCCGGGAAAUGAAAGUACUGAUCCUUGGUUUAGCCCGCACCGGCACGUCAUCUCUCACCGCCGCCCUCCAAAAAUUGGGAUACAAGCCCUACGACUGGCCUGACCGAUGUAUGCUCGGUCACCUCCCUCGGUGGACCGAAGGCCUCCAAGCGAAAUACCUGGGCCGUGGCUAUCCUCUCGAAGUCGACGAGAUGGACCAGCUCACCAGUGACUUUGACGCAAUCAUCGAUACCCCCUGCUGCCUCCUGGUUGACGAACUAAUAGCCGCCUACCCCACCGCAAAGGUCAUACUAAACUACCGCGAUCCAUACAGAUGGCUCGAAUCAAUGCAAGACACUGUAUUCGCCGCCGCGCGAUGGCCAUCCUGGAGAAUCCUGGCAUACACGGAUCCGCACUACGCAGGAGCAAUCGUGCAGCAUCAUAUUACUCUGUGGGAUGAGAUCUGGGGAGGAGAUGAAGGAAAGAGAUGCCUGGAGAUGUUCGUCGAGCAUUACAAUUAUGUUCGGAAGGUUGUGCCGCCAGAGCGACUGCUGGAGUAUCAAGUGCAGGAAGGAUGGGGACCUCUGUGCCAUUUUCUGGAGGUGGAGGAGCCCAAGGAACCAUUUCCGGUUGUUCAUACAGGGGCACAGUUUAUGAGGACUGCUGCGAGGGGAUGGAGGGACUGUGUUGGGAGGAGCAUUCGAAAUGUAGCUGUAGCAGCUGUCUGCGUGUGGAUUUUGGCGCAUGGGUUCUACUGGGGACAGGGGUACUUUCGAGAUGAGUGAGAUUAGGUUAAGUCAUCGAUAAACGUGGACCUUAUCGAUAAAUAAAUUCAUCAACGGUUCGGUGGGGCAGACUAGCGCAAAAGGCCGAAUCGCCGAGUUGACUCCUAGUGACUUUGCCUCCGCCUUCAAUCCUCCGACUACUUCCUCUCC